CGCGGACAAAGACAAGGAUGAUAACAUGACACUUGCAGGAUUCGUUUCAUGUGUCGAAAUGGCAGCAGAAGUAUCGAUGGGUGAAAAUUUUCACUUCGCUGAAAAUUCUUACAAUUUUUUGUGCUAAAUUGAUUGCGAUUGCAUUGUGUCGUUUGUUCGCGGUGAAGACAUGUUGAAAAAAUGAUUCAUUACAUAAAGUGACUUAUCGAGUGAUUGGAAAAGAUAAAAUCCAGAAUUUUUCGCUUGCAAAUUUUCUUCACAUCGCCGGGUUAUGAUAUAGAUAUGGCAAAUUAUUUUAGUCUCAUUUAAAACCAUAAACGAGUUUACGAGAAGUGGGAAAUUAGUGAAAAUCGUGAUUAGUAGUAAACUAGUGGAAUAAAGUGAUAGUUUGUGCUGUUCAAAGUUUAUCUAAAAUAAAGUUACGAUGUCUUCUGAUAGCACUAGUUCAUUUUUCGGGACCUGGGAGAUCAUUGAAUCCAACCUCGAUGGAACGGCAGACAAACUAGGAUUGGAUGGCAUCAAAUUUCGACUGGACGAAAUGGGUGACAUCAUCUGGUACAACGAUCUGGUGAACACAAACCAAAUCUCCGAUGACCAAAAGAGGGCUAGCUUUGAGUCCAGCUUCUGUCCUAUUAACGACUCGGCAACGGUUUUGUUCAGCUGUGAAACGUUUGAAGUCCUGGAACUCAGCUCUAAUGGGCCUGGAUUGAUCUUCGGGUCGUACACUGGCCAUAGCAUCGAGUUUCUAACGAACACACGGAGUCCCACUGACCGUAUGCUUUUGAAAUGCGAAGGUUGGUGUCAGUUGAUUUGCAAGCGAGUGAAGGAUGACCAAUCGAUAGGACAGGAGAUUCCAUUCACGUUGCUGUCUGUUCUGGAUGAUGGCAAUUUUUGCGAUGUUACGCUCAAAAGCUGUGACAAUGUGAUUUAUAACGUUCAUUCACCGAUACUACGAUUAAAUGGCUUCGACUGUAGUAGUGUAGCAGCAGCAACCGCAUAUCAAAGUCUGAUUGGUGGAGGCACAACCGACCGAUCUCAUCCACCGUUAAUGAAAGUGUGCUCAGUGCCAUGCGCGAAAUCGCCGAAAACAUCAACCCAACAUAUCAGCCAACGGCCCAGUCCGACUGCAACUAGCAAUUUCCUUCUUCCACCUACAUUCGACGUUUACAACCUUUCGCCAAAACUUGCCAAUAUCUCCAACUCUUUCAACUGCCUAACGGCAAACGAUUCGAUCUUCCUAGAUGUGCCCAAAAAACAUCACGUUUUUUCCUCAGAUUCCAAUCUUAAUUCAGAUCGGAAUAUAUUUUUUUUCCCCGCUUCCAGUACACUUUCCGCAUUUCAUGAUCCUUUUCAACGCACUGGAAAAUUUAAGAUUCCUGCUUCACCAUUCCGAGCCCGCAGUCCUUCGCCCUUUCCGUGUUCAUUGGAAACCCCUCCAUCAUCUCCGCUUACACCGCUUUCAGUUUUGAACAACAUCCCUUCGAAGAUGCUCUCAACUAUUUUACAUUGGCUGUACUGUGAAAGUCUUCCCGAGGAUUUGGACGAGGAGACUUGUACCAGUUUGAUAGCGAUGUGUGAAAGUACGAUUCCGUUGAGUCGAAUGACCGCACCAUGUAAAAACUUCCUGCGUAAUAUCCAGCUUAAAAAAUUUGUCAUCGAUGUGGUAUCCGACUUACACGACAGUUUGAACCAUGUGAUUCAGAUGAUAAACCCGAGUACAAUUUCUCACAGUCCCUGUGUUUUAUGUCAGAUAUUCAAAGAAGGAUUCAAGGAGUCACUAAUCGCUAUCGUAAAGCUUAUUCAAUUCUGCAACAUUUUCACGAAAGAUGCUACCACUUUUACACGCUUCCAACGUCACGAGAUCAUCAAAUAUGUUCGCUCUAGGACACCGGUCUUCCUGUCGCAAAUCCAUCAAUUACUUCAGAAUAUAAACAUCGUGCUGUGUUCGCUGACAAACGAGGAGAAAAAUGACUUGGUGUCCUAUUUGGUGCCGGAAAUCGUUUACGCCUUGGAGGUUCUGGCAGCGUCAAUUACGGAAAUCAAAAACUCGCUGGAAAUAGUUUGCAAGGAUCUCAAAACAACUCCCGAUGUGUGUGGGAAUCCCGGUGGGUCAUCCAGCGGUAUGCGAGAUGAGCGCUCAGGUCGCAAUCGAACGCGUAGCUCAUCAGGAUACUCUAGCAGUGUCGGUCAGGGAGCAACUAGUCCUUCGACUGGAAGCGGAGAGUCUCGAUACAAUCAAAACUCCGAUAGUGAUCUCAAAUUUUUCUUAUACAUGUACGAAGUCAAAAAAAUGCGGGACAUUUACGGGAAAGUUUGCGGUGCGUUGGAAUUUAUACUACGGUCCAGAGCAUCGUUCAAUGAAAUGAACCAUCUGCAUCAGCACGAAACCGUCAGGUCUAAUCUGGAACAGCUUACUCACGAGGUGCCAAUCUACAUUGCGCGAUUGGAGGAGCUAUGUGAUAUCAUUGAUGAAAGAAUCGGAUGGAAGGAGUUCAAGUUUUGCUUUAAGUUUCUGACAAGUCAGGUGAACGGAAUAAUCACAAAACUUCUGGAGCACAAGUCUGCCUUACAUGACGCGAUGUUGUAUGUGUCUAACCUGGUACAAAAAGAACAAUUCACCCGUGCCCUGUUAGAGUUAGGUCUGCUAGCAAAUCAAAGUAUAGAUAGCACAGGGUAUGGAGAUCCUCGGCCAUGUCCGAGCAGAUACCAAGAUUACAGUAGCACUAAGCUAAAUCUUGUGCAAAGUCUGUGUGAACCCCCGUCCGCCAUCAACAGCAGUUUGUCGAAGAAUGCUCUUAAACUGUUACAUUCUGGUCAGCUGGCAGACAUGGAGUUCGAAGUCGUGGUUUCACCUACCGAUUGUCAGAACGAAAACAUAACUUUCGACUUUAGCCCAGAUGAUGCGCUGCUUCAGAAUGAUAGUGGAGCUGCGGUUUGUGGGACGCCCAUUAAGAAUCAGUCCCAUAUAUUCAAAGCUCACAGAGUCAUAGUUGCCGCCCGAUGUGAAUGGUUCAAGAAGGCUUUGCUGUCUGGAAUGCAAGAAGAUAUUAAUAGGAAAAUUGUCAUUCACGAUACUUCGCCUGUGAUAUUUCGAAGACUACUCCUAUAUCUGUAUGGUGCACCAGUUGACAAGUCUGUUGGUGUUGAUCAAAUCUGUGAAUUAAUGCUGUUAGCUGAUCGGUACUCGGUGGAUAACUUAAAAGACAUUUGUGAGAAUACGCUGAUCGCAUCCAUAGACGGUGACUCGGUUAUCUACUUGUUUGGCAUAUCGGAUCGCUUCAAUGCAUCUUCGUUGAAAGCAAGCUGCCUUUCGUAUCUAUCCCAGCACACUGAAUUGACUAAGCUAGAGAUAUUCAAUGAGCUUCCAGGGUAUCUUCAGAAUGAGGUUCAAGACUUAAUCAGGUGGUGCGGACGCGUACCAGAACCGUGGAGCGAACGAACCGAUCGUACCAGACGAAGCCUAAAAAGUCCAUCGCGCUCCAAAUCUCGUUCGAGGAAAACUUCGCCUUCAUUUAUGUGACAAUGAUGUGUGGAGCGAAUGAUGCUGCCCAUGCGGGUGUACUGACUGUCUCUUAAACUCCGAUAGCACUUGUUCUUUUACAUUUCAUGACUGGAAAAUAAGUACUGUGAUGUGUCAUAACUUUCUGACACGAAAGCAAACGAAACUAGUUGUCCUCGGUCAUGCUAAUAGAAAACUUAUGUACGAGUAUUGUAGCAUCAGUAAAGUUAUCAUCUCAACGCAAUUUCUUCAGCUUUUUACCUGUUGCAAGGAAUUUUGUAGAUAGUAUUUUCUCAAUUCAAAACAAAAUCGUCAUUGAAAACUGUAACGAUCAAAAGUAACUAUUGUAAUAUAAUUGUUUUAGUAUUUCAAUGCUGUUAUUAAUAAUUCAUUGCAGUAAGGAGAACUCCGUAAAAGAUCAGAUUAUUUUUAUAUUUAAGUUAACGUAACAGUAUCGUAUUUUAUCGCUUUUGUUGAACAUUGAUCCUAACAUGCCUUUUUAUUAGAAUGGAAUGUCUAUCACUAUCCUUCUUGUCUGAUCUUUAAUCCAUUUAGUCAUCUCUGGAUGCUCAAAUGAAUAAAUAGUGUUGGAAGUACGCGUAUUCCUUUCUAUCUCAUGUUAAAUUUGAAUGAAUUUUUUAUUUUUACUAUCUUAAGUUAAAUCUGCUCAAAAAACAAAAGCAAUCGUUUGUUUUUCAAGCAUUUACUAAAUAAGUUAUAGUCAAUUUUUGAAUAUAAUAAGAAAAAUCCAAAUGCAUAUCCAUGUCUUUGUUUCAAGAAUCAAAUGGAAAAUGACGAUCAUACGAUGCAAAAAAAUUGUUUCUACGUUAGCAUAUUUGUUUAUCCAAAAUUAAAAUCUUUGUUGUCUUGCUAUACUUAUUCGAAGCCUAGAGUAGAAUUAUUGUAUUUUAUUUCCUAGGUUUAAAGUGGAUAAUUAAUGAUAAAACAUUAAUGAUUUCUUUAGAGUUUGUUUUAGAUAAAAUUUCCAAUGUUUUCUUGAAUUAUUUUAUUACAGUAUAAGCAGAGCAGCAUGUUGGGAAAAUUGGUUUUGUUUUAAGUGUUUAAAAAAUAAAAUUCGAUUUUGAAAACUGUCA